CGCUUGAGCUCCGCCUCUGAGCCUCGGCGGGGCGGGGGCACGGCCAGCCCGGCACCAUGUGCUGGAGGCGCCAGACGCAGGCGGACUGAGUGACCGACUCGACCCGCGGCUUCCUCUUCUCCUCCGCUUCCGAGGAAGAGCCAGCCCGGCCUGAUGGCCACCGAGGUGGCGGCGGCGGCGGCGGGGCCCGGCGCCCGGUUGCCCUCGUCCCCGGCUCGGAGGGAUUUCUACUGGCUCCGCUCUUUCAUCGCGGGAGGUGUUGCAGGAUGUUGUGCCAAAUCAACCAUUGCACCAUUGGAUCGAGUCAAGAUUUUAUUGCAAGCUCAUAACCAUCAUUAUAAACAUCUAGGUGUGCUUUCUACAUUGUGUGCUGUCCCGAAAAAGGAGGGUUACCUGGGAUUCUACAGAGGAAAUGGAGCAAUGAUGAUUAGAAUCUUUCCGUAUGGUGCAAUUCAGUUUACAGCAUUUGGUCAAUAUAAAGAGAUGAUAAAGAAGAACCUUGGCAUUUCUGGACAUGUACAUCGGUUAAUGGCCGGUUCCAUGGCAGGUAUAACUGCAGUAAUUUGUACUUAUCCUCUUGACAUGGUGAGAGCACGCCUGGCAUUCCAAGUGAAAGGGGAUCAUAAGUACACUGGGAUUAUUCAUGCAUUCAAGACCAUUUACACAAAGGAAGGUGGCAUGCAAGGAUUUUAUCGAGGGCUCAUGCCAACGAUAGUAGGAAUGGCUCCAUAUGCAGGUUUCUCAUUUUUUACCUUUGGUACCUUAAAGAGUGUGGGACUUGCCCAGGCACCUACCUUGGUUGGGAGGCCUUCCUUAGAUAAUCCUGAUGUCUUAGUUUUGAAAACUCAUGUAAAUUUGCUGUGUGGUGGCAUAGCUGGAGCAAUAGCACAGACGAUAUCCUAUCCUCUUGAUGUAACACGUAGACGAAUGCAGUUGGGAGCAGUGCUUCCAGAUUCUGAAAAGUGCCUUACAAUGGUACAGACAUUGAAGUAUGUUUAUGGAAACCAUGGAAUACGAGGAGGAUUAUACCGUGGCUUAUCCCUGAAUUACAUCCGUUGUAUUCCUUCACAGGCAGUGGCCUUCACUACGUAUGAACUUAUGAAACAGUUCUUGCACCUAAAUUAAAAACAGAAACUUAAUUGAAAAGUGCUUCUCUUUUUGUUGCAUUUAAUGGGCUACGUUUCCCAUUUCAAAUAAUUAUCACUAGAGAAGUAGUGGUAUUUAUAUUCCUUUCUUUUACCAAAAAAUGAAGAAUGGUGUAAAAUUGGAGAGAUGAAGCUUGGAGAAGAUACGUGGGCACUGAACAAAUAGCACCUGAACAUGUAAACCACUUGAUCAAAAUACAGUCAGAUUUAAUAAA